AUACAUAUGCAUACGCACACACACACAUACACACAGAAAUCCUAUACAAACAAUAUAUUAUAUAUGUAUAUAUAAUAUCAUAUACAUACAUAGAUACACCCACACAAAUUUGGUUACUUGUACAGAUUUGUCUCGCCUCACCUUGUAACCACUUCACCGACACCCCAAAGUUCCCUCCCUCACAGGGCCGUGGUGCUUGUUCAUUGUUAUCAUUACCCUUUUAUUAUUAUUAUUAUUAUUAUUAUUAUUAUUAUUAUUUUCUUUUCACCUAUCCCACCUCUGUCCCUCACACACACACACACACACUCACACACACAGAGAGUCACGCACCUUUCUUUUUAAAUCAUGGAAGAGCCCGCUGGUUCUAAUUUAAACAGCAGAGAGCCAAGCCUGGAUGUUUUGCUGGAGCUUACACAACUUACACAAGCCGACUCAGAAAGUUUGCCAGACGGGACUACCCUUGCCAAAGCCAUAUAUGACAAUCUAGCAGAGUCCGCUAACGAACUUGCAUUUCGGCGUGGAGAUGUCCUCGCAGUUCUUGAACAAGACACGGAUGGCAUGCUGGGAUGGUGGCGGUGCACAUUCCGAGGAAAGACUGGUAUUGCCCCAGGAAACCGCCUUAAAAUUCUUACUGGCAUGUCCAACCUCGCCUCCACGCCAAAUAAGGAUUCCAGCAGCUUUGACAUGAAUUCUUCGCUCGCUAGUAACUGGCAUCGACGGAGCUGGGAUGUGACACCAAAUAAGGUUGGUCAACAAGCUGACCCUGGAGGCCCAACAUAUGACCACCCACCUGCUCGGCACACUCCGGAAGAUUAUGAUGUACCUCCACCACAGUCGAUUGGCAAAUCAGAUUCCAACUCUGAUCUGCAAGCCAACUAUGACACUCCAAAAGAGAGAAGGUUCGACCAGUCACCAGAUCAGUCUAUCUGCAAUUAUCCUUCAACGUCUCUACCGGCAGACAGUUCUUUUAAAAGUUUCCUUUCAAACGACUGUGACACCUAUGAUGUGCCGCCAUCUAACCGAUCAAGCAUGGCAUCUUUCAAAUCAACCGAGUCCACUAUGACUUUAUCCAGCAGUGCAUCUAACCAGAGUCUUCCACGAUCAUCAAACACAUCCAGCCUCUGCGAUUCUGCUCGGUCCAGUCUGGACGCUUCUGCUGUUUACGACGUUCCACCUGACCAUCUUCCUCAUAACUUAAAGCAACAGUUUGACUCAGUUCUAGACUUGUAUGAUACUCCACCCUCGCAUACAAAGACAUCGCCAUCACCUUCCAAUUCAGCAAUCAUGGAUGACUAUGAUGUCCCCAAGUCAGCAUUUGAAGAUUACGAUCUGCCCCCUGUUGAACCACCGUCCAACAACUUUGAUAUGCCAUCCCUCGCAUUUGAACAGGAUCUUGGAGAACUCUAUGACACACCUAAAAAUGCAGGUUCAAACAAUGAGCCAAAGAAAAUUCCAGGUGCGACAACUGCAACACCACCUGUUGGUAAAAAGACAAAUGCUGCGUCACCUCAUAACAAGCCAAUAAUUACAGCUGCAUCUUCUGUUUAUGAUAUUCCUCCACAAGUGACUCGUGACUCUUUGAUUUCUGCCAAAUCCGAUUCUUCAGAUGGUCAAGAUGCCGGCCGACUCUCUUCCUGUAGCACGGGGUCACGGGGCUCCGACAUCCCCAUUUACAAUGAACUUCCACUCGCACAAGAUGUGGCUAUGGAUCUGCUGGUCAAGAGACAGCAAGAUGUCCUGAGAGCCAUCAACAAAAUGUCGCCCUUUAUCAGUAGUUCUUGGCGCCAGAGAAAUAAUUUGGAACCAAAUCUCCAUGACAUUAGAGCAGCUGCCGAUAACAUGCAGAUGUCUUUGGCUGACUUUGUAGAAUUUGCUGAGGGUACUCUAGCAAAUUCUGUCAGCAAAUGUGACCGUAAACUUGUGAAUAAACUGUACAAGUUGCUGACGCCUCUUCAGCAGGCCUUACAACAGAUUUUGCUUAGCAUCAGGAAUCUUUCUGCAAUCCAGUGGCAGAUAAAUCUGCUGGUGAGCAGCAACGGUGCUAAGGACGACGAUUUAGGAAAGAUCGCCAACCUUUCCAAAACGCUUACGAUUGACGUCCGCAACCUUGCCUCGUUUAUUCAGGGAAACUCUGUGCUUCUCUUCAAGAAUUCUGACAUUUCUGGAUCUCAAACGGAUUUCAACAAAACUGAUAGUAUAGUAGUACCAGUGCCGACCAAGUCAGGUAGUAUUGGAAGCAUGGAGGCAUUCUCAAGGAGUAUCCAUGGUCGCCGUCACAGUAGCGGCAGUGUUCAGAACCGCCCUCUCCCUCCUCCACCCCCAGUCAACCGGCCACUCCCUCCUACUCCUUCCCAGCUGACGUUGCUGACCAAGCCAGAUACGAUACCUUCAAAAAGGUCACCUGUGAUAAUAAACGUCUCCAAGAAGGAGGACCCAGACUCCUUAGACUUUCUGGAAUAUGAUUAUGUUCAACUGGAAACACGGGACCCAAGCCCUGAUAAAGUAGUGACCCCUUCAACAGAUGUCCCUUCAAAACAAUCUCAAAAGGGCAAUGAAAAAUCUGAACCAAAUAAGCUUAACGACCCUGUAUCCUCAUUAGAAGCAGCCAUCAACUCUAUGCAAUUAGGGUCAAAUAGCCUCUUAAAUCUUUCCACGGGGACCAAAGAGAUCAACAACCGAUCAGAUGUUGAUUCAUCGUUGACAUUGGCUAAUUCAACAGAGUAUUCAAAAGAGGUUCAGGACAUCAGCCGAGGACUUGAUUAUGUAUCGUUAUCGAAGUCCCUUGAAAUAGAUUUUGACCAGGAGCUAAAGACACCAGUGAAUACCCCAAGCAACACUGAUGUCUCAGGUUACAACUCAAACGUAAAUGGGGGUCUUGUAUCCGAGAACAAUUUCUAUAUGAAGCGCUUGGCCCCCAACGACCGGCAAGUUUUGCUUUAUUACUCGGAACAGAUGAACACGCACUAUACGUUACUCAACAACUCCAUCGAGGCUUUCUACAACUGCAUCGACAGCAUCCAAACUCCAAAAGUGUUUAUUUCCAACAGCAAAUUUGUUGUGUUGUCCGCCACGAAAAUGGUGUACAUCGGCGACACGCUUCAUCGGAAUUUAAUGGACACCGACUUCCGCAAUCGCAUCAUGCACUGCACAACGCUACUGUGCAACAAUCUCAAAUCAACAGUCGCAGCUACUAAAACAGCUGCAAUAUAUUAUCCAUCUGUGCCGGCAGUGCAGGACAUGGUCAAUCGAGUCAAAGAGGUAUUUAGAGUUGCCAAUGAACUGAAGAAUAUAAUUGGUCAAGCCUCGUUUCUUUGACAUGAUUUUCACCAAAUGUUAUUUCUUCUCAUCAACUGUCAUGUUCCUUCGUCGAUGCUCAUGCGAUUGUGCAUCAAAUGCUGGAAUUCUACUGCGGAGGAAUUGGGGAAAAACAGGAAGACUGAUUCUCCUUUGACUUUUUAACUGCUUUUCAUGGAUCAUACAAACAAGACUUUGGAUUAUCUCUAUGUGAAACCCAAGCUUCCCAUGGCUAUAUGUAGAGAUUACUGUAUUUAUUCUUCACUCUAAGUCACAUAAAUAAUUAAUAAUAAUAAUAAUAAUAAUAAUUAAAAAUAAUAAUAAUAAAGACACAAAGCCAACGGUUUUGAGGGAGGGGCUUAGUUUAUACCAUUGACUCCCAGUACCCGACUGCUACUUUGUCAAUAAUAACAAUAAUAAGAAGAAUUAAAAUAACAGUUAUGGGUGCCUUGAGGGACAGUCACCACUAAAAUAAAAACAUGGGAUGUGAAGUAAGGAAUUGCAAUAUGUAAAGAAUUUCUUUGGUAGAUGGCACUGUUAGAAACGGCUCAGAUUCUGAGGAAGGUUCUUGGAAUUAUAUAAGAAGGAAGAAAAUCUGAGGAGUUUGUUAAUUGUUCUUUUAUGACUUGUUCAGCAUAAAUAAUUGGCUUGCAAUUAGCCUGUUGAAAUAAUAAUAGUAAUUAACAAUGGUUUCAAAUUUUGGCACUAGGCUAGCAAUUCUGGGACAGGGAUAAGUCGGUUAUAUCGACCCCAGUGUUCAACUGGUACUUAUUCUAUUGGCCCCCGAAAGGAUGAAAGGCAAAGUUGACUCUGACGGCAUUCGAACAAGAAAUGUCUGUAAGCAUUUUGUCUGGCACCGUGAUGGCUAUGAUAGCUUGCUGCCUUCCAUAAAAAUAAUAAUAAUAAUAAUGAGAAGAAGCAUUUUUAACAUUAAUUGAAAAAAAAAAAAACAUACAUUUUUGGAAAGGUGUGUUGUUAAAUUAAUACCAAUAUAUAACUGGUAUGUGCUUUAAUGAUCGUGGAGGGAUGAAAAGCGAAUAUAUCCUUCGCAGGAUUUGCACAGAAUUAAAUAUUGCAUCAUGAAAGAGAUAUUUUAGCCAUCUUUAAAAAAAAAUAAAACAGGAAAUCUGUUAAAUUCACUUUUAUUUCUUUGGGUGUCAUAGCAACCAUGUUGCAGUUAUGUGACAAAAAUAAAUUUUGACCCCUCAAGAUAGAAAUAGAAAGUAAAUUUAUCAUUUUUAAGUGUUUUUAAAUGGCUACAAUAAUUCUUCCAUCAUGUAAUUGCUACAGUUUUAACACACCGUGUCAGGCGAAGUCGUUUGCCAGAGAAGCACAACUAACACUUGGAAAUUGUCAUUCUUUUCAACUCUCUGCUGUUCUACACCUUCACUGCCUGAUGUUAGUUUUUUGUUAAGGCACAAGGCAAGCUAGCAGUUUGUUGGAGAGAGGAUUGAUUGAUUGAUUAUAUUUUUACAAGUACUUGGCUCGUUCUUUAUUUUAUGAAACCUCUAAAGGAAUGAAGGCGGAAUUGUCCUUGACAGAAUACAAACUCAAAAGUUUAUAAAGAGCCAAAAUAUGUACAUAGGUUAUUUUGUUCAAUGUUCUAAAGAGUCUGCCAAAAGCAUAAGACGAGGCCAGAAUGUUUAGUGUUGGAAGGGGUGGGAUGAUGUGUAGAUUAUGUUGACCCUCAUACUGACCAGUUUGUAGUGAAAGUUUAUACAUCAGUGAUUUCACCUCAGUAUAUAACUGAUAUUAAUUUUAAAGGUCCUGCGAGUGGUAACAGGGGGAACAGAUAUUUCUCAUCAGAUCUGAUCACAAUGAUAAUUAAUAUUUUGUAAGGUGAGUGUGUAAAAUUAAUUAUAAACCAAACUAGGAUAUUACUGGUAUUUAUUUUAGAGUAACGAAGAACAAGUAGCCCCCCACCCUGCUCCCAACCUUCCUUGUGAGAGUUCAAUUUUGAGGUAAGAUACAGAUGAAGAAACUAUCAGUUUGGUGCAAAGACAACUGGCGCCAAAAAUCUUUCUUACCUUUCAUGAAAGUAAUGGUUGAGAUUUACAUUGGAACAAGAGUAAGAAUCCUUAAGGGACGGAGAGCAGUGGACUAAAUCAAAACUCCAGUGUAUUACUGGUAUUUAUUUGAUAAAUCUCAGACAGACUUUAAAACAAACUUUGGUCACAAUGAUAUUUAAAGUUAAAAUGUAAACGAGUGAACACUUAAA